AUGUGUUAUUCUUCUUUAAAAACCAGGGCAUAUGAUAAGGCUGCAAUAAAAUGUAAUGGAAGGGAAGCCGUCACCAACUUUGAGCCAAGCAAAUAUGAAGAAGAAGAAGAAGAAAUAGAUGGGAAUCAUAGCCUCGACUUGAACUUGGGGAUUGCCCCUCCUGAAAAGCUUGAUAGUACCGGUGGUCCUCGUUUUCCACUUCAAUGGAAUGACAUGCAUUGUCACCCAAUACCUAGGAUUGAGAACUCUUAUUCAGCCAUAUCAGGGGCUCAAGAGCUCCACCACCCAGCUAUUGUAUCCGAGCAUCUCUCCUGUUUAAGUGGUCAAAAUUCGAUUUUCUUUCCCAUGCACAAGGGAACAGCAUUAGAGAAGCGAGCGGAAGUUGAUCCCUUGUCAAACUGGGCAUCUCAAUUUGGAGGCCCUCAUGGUGGAACAACUCCAGCGCCGUUCUUCUCUACUGCAGCAUCAUCAGGAUUCUCUUCUUCAGUCGCUGCUUCUCCAUCAGCUGCUGCAUAUCACCAAUACCUUUAGUCGAUAGCCACUUAGUUUUUCUUCGCCAAUUACCAUCCUGCGACAAGUGUUUCACUGAUUAUUCAGGCACGACUCCGAAGUGGUCUUUCCUACUGUGGGAGGAAUAUCGAUCUUCCAUGCACUACCACCAGCAGUCCAGUGCCGAAAGUUCUCGAGCCGAAAUGCCAAUAUUCCGUGACAAACACAUUUCUUCUAGUAAAGCCAAUCACACGAUUUCGUCUCUGUUGCGAAUAGUAAUGAGUUUUGGAUUUCCCUUUUUCCU